AUGGCGGGUGAUUACAAGCCGCAUUUUGACGUUCAGAUUACUCCGAAUUGCGGUUAUGUCUAUUCGCGUGAGCAAGCUGAGCAAGUUGUGCGGGAAUUCGAAACGCGAACAACAAGCAAGUACUCCUGUUAUAAAUCUAGGUCAUCCUUCGGCAGAACAGGUACGUAAUCAUCAAUAAUUCAUGCGAUUAUGAAAGUAUAAAGCGAUAUUUACCGAAGCGUACCGCGUAUAACGCUUCGAAAUUUCGUCUACAGAUUUAUGUAAAUCUAAACACCGAGUCCGUUGGGAAGAUGGUAAUAAAGACGCUUGUACUCGGAUGGGAUUUGAUGGUGUUCCGUUUAUAAUACUGGACUCCAAGAUUCUUGACUGCCAGCAUGGUGUUGACCGGCACAAUUAUAGGAAAACGAAAGCACAAAGUGACGCGGUAAGUCAGUCUAUACUGUCGCAAACACUGUUACAUAUCCAGCUAUGAUCCAGCCGGUUUCGUCAGCCGGUUUAAAGCUAAAAAUAUAAGAUCAUGGCCGUCGUGGUAACUGCUAAAUAGGAGGAGGGGGGGGGGCGAAAUCCAAAAUUUCCCGACCUCUCCCCCCCCCCGUCGGCCGAAAAAAAAUUCCGACGGACGUGCGUAAAGCCGGUUUUCCACUAGGCGGAAUUUUGCGCGCGGAGCGGAAAUUAUCUUUGUCUUUUCUAAUUAGUUCCACCCGAGAAAUCACAAGACAAAGAAAAAUUCCGCUCCGCGCGCAAAAUUCCGCCUAGUGGAAAACCGGCUUAAUUUUGCUAAAACUGCUUCGAGAACCGCUACAUUUCAAAAAAUUUCCGACAAACGUCUAACAUUUCAAAAAAUUCCGACAAAUCUCAAAUUGUGGGGGGGGGGGGGCAUUGGUUUAAAUAAUAUUAAAUUAUAAAAAAGGGCAAUUUUUCCAUAUAAUGUUAUAUUGAUUAAGUACAACUGAUACGCAGAACAAACUUUAAUUAAGUGGGGUUUUUUUCCAUUUUAUACAUAGGUCAUAGCUCUUUUGUCGACGGUUUUUUUAGCUUGUUACACAUAAUUCAUUAUUUCAGUUUUUUACCUUUGGUAGCAUCGUGACCAUGAUUUCAAGAAACGAAGAUUCCGCGUCCAAGGGACAAAAAAGUUUGGCUGCGAAGCAAAAAUAAAUAUGCGCGAGGUGAUCAAGUUCCCACAGUUUGCCAUUCCGGUAUGUGUGAUUGCAUUGCUGAGUAUUGAAGAUCCAGGACAUAUAGCCUUUAUAGGUGAAUAUUUGAAAAGCUCUAAACGGAAUUACGUUUUCCACAGAUCUACGUAAAUUUAUUUUUAGAUUGAAAUUGACUCCAGAAAAAGACGAGAUGUAGCCGCAGCGAAAUUGAAGGAAGCGCUCCAAGAAAAUGCCAAUCUGGGAGAACGGAGGAUUUAUAUGUAUUUGCCUACUCCUGCGGACCAUACAACCCAUUUGAAUGGCGAGGUAAAUGUGAGAUUCAUAUUUGUUUCCGGUAUUCCCUGUGAGCUUCGUUCGGUAACUCUUUUGGUAAUAUUGAACAGAAAUUAAUGUAGUUCUCUCUGAUAUUAUUUUAAUUUCCCGCUUGUGAGUGUGAUUGCAUGAUAUUUUUAUGCAUGUAAUAGCUACAGCUAUUUCAAUUAAGGUUGUCAGAGACAAUGGCCAAAUGUACAAUAUGAGCGCGAAAGAAUGAUGGGAAUAUCAUUAUCUUUACUUGUUUGUUAUGCAUAAACAUGUUGAAGACAAUGUUAUUCCCAUCAUUCUUUCCGCUCAUAUUGUACAUUUGACCAUUGUCUAAGACAAACCUUAAUUGAAAUAGCUGUAUACAAAAAGAGGAACAGAAGUUUAAAGAAAUUGUACAAUGUAUAUGUUGUUUUUAAGGCAACCGGAAUAUCUCAACCAGUGGACGAAAGAAUAGUGAAAAAAAUUCGUAUUUUGGUUGGUGAAGGUGUGAAUAAUGUGAGGGAAAUGGGCAGGCACAUUCGCCAGUAUGUUAAAAAUGAACUAUUCCUUGGACAAGAACUUCCACCAUGUACAAACAGAAGAUUCCACCCGAAGCAGGUUGACAUUAGAAACCAUAUGUAUUUGGCAACAAUAGAAAGCCGUUUUUCUAAAUUUGAUCAGGAAAACGUGUCUGCCAAAACUGGUGAUUGGGAAAAGAAGUAUGCCGAAGAUAACUUCUUCUACAGGCCUUACCAAGAGGGAUGCAUCACAGUAAGAACAACCAGUGCGGCUGAAGACAAGAAAGAAAAGAACGUCAACGAUAAAUCGGAGAACGUAAACGACGACAACGCGAAGAGAGAAAACGAAGAUGAAGCGAAGGAAGGAAACGACGAUCAAGCGAAGGAAGAGGAUGACAUGGCCAUUGGACUUCAGGAACAUGUCAAUCUUGAAAAAUCGUUGUUAUUUGUUCAUCAGUCUGCGUGGCAGAGACGGUUGCUUUUGAAAUAUGGGAACGAUCUUUGUCUUUUGGAUGCAACCUACAAAACAACAAGGUUUGCAGUCCCACUUUUUUUCCUCGUUGUCAAAACAAAUGUCGACUACCAGGUUGUUGGUUCGUUUGUAACCCAAGGAGAGUCAAAAGAGUGCGUUAUGGAAGGACUGAAGGUGCUUUCAAGCUGGAACCCUGGUUGGAAACCAGCUUGCUUCAUGACGGAUUUCUGCGAGGCAGAAAUUAAUGCUAUUGAAGAAGUUUUCCCAGGUAUUGUUAAAUUAUUUGUGUUUUAUGUAUUGUCAUGCACACGUCUGUAUUUGUCACAGUAUGUAUAUACUGUGACAUCUCAUAUAUGUAUAUUCAUAUACCUAUAAUCUAUGACUAUAGUACAAUACCAGCAAAGAAAAAGAAAAAUGAAACAAAACCAAAAAGUUUUCUCAGUUUCGGAAAGUUGUUGACAAACACAAUUAAUUGUAACAAUAAUAUUAUUUUUUAGAAUUAUAAUUUAUUAUUGAGUAUGUUAUAGUUUUCCAAUGACUGAUUAUUGAGACUGGUUAUGAUCGUUUCCAUGAGGUGUCCGUACUUUUUCUUUUCUUGCAUUUAAUCCUCGCAAACCGUAAUGUGCCAGAAAAAUAGAUACAUCAUAACUCGCAAUAGCAAAUAUCAAACAGGAUGUACAAAUUUAUAUUCUUUCUCAUGUAGAUUGCACUGUUUACCUUUGCGAUUUUCAUCGAGAGCAAGCCUGGGAAAGAUGGGUUAGCAAGUCCGCCAAUGAUGUGUCCGGUCACAAGGAAACUGUACUGACAGCACUGAGGAAGGUUGCGCAUGCAGGAUCAGAGGAAUCGUACAAUUCUGCUAUAAACGAUCUGAAACAAUUAGAGGUGAAACGUUAAAGCAAUAUGAUUACACACUGUAGCAUAAGCUAGAUAACACAAUAUUCAUUGCAUGGCAUCCGCAUUUCGGCACGAAUUUGCGAUAUAGCCAUGUCCAAUAACGGUUUCUAUAUUACGUUUUAAAAAACAACCAGGAAGUCGUAAAAAAACAUUAUACAUUAUUUUUGAAUUGUGCAGAUAUGGAAGACUAAUAGCAAACUACAAAGAUGGUUCACAAGAACUUGGCUGCCAGAAUGCAAGGUACUCGUUCGUAUUCCUUAAUAAUACUUGUAUAUACAUAGAAUUUAUAUAAGUAUAAAUUACCAUUUGAACGGCCUAGAUUGACAAUAUUGUGAUUCACUACCAUCAUGCCAGGCAAAGCUGUAUAGAUGAAUUACUCAAAUACUGUACAUGCAAGGAAUUAAAUAUUUUGUGCAAUUAUAGUGUAUACAGUGUGUUAGCCAAAAGUAAAAAAAAAAUUCGCGUUUACCUGAAAUUGGGGAAGAGUAAUUGAAUAUUUCAAAUUAAAUAGAACUAUUUUUUGGCUGACCUAAAUUGGAAAUUGCGAACUCAAGGUAAUUGAGAAAACCGCGUUUUGCGCGAAAUUUUAUACUGUACACCCUGGUAUAUAUAUAUAUAUAUAUAUUACGUUUCGUAUCCUUCAUUGUAUAUUUUGACAGCGUUGGGUAUGGCUCUACCGCAAAGCAGAUGCGAGUGUCUUUUUCCAUACGAACAAUGGCGUAGAAAGACAAAACAAGGACUUCAAGAGUACCUUCCUAUCUGUUCAUCGCGAUAAAACACUCAGUGGCAUGCUCACGUCCCUUGUAGAAGAGUUCCUCCCAGACAAAUACAGAAGGUACAGUACAGUACAUGAAACAUCCAGACAUAAAAUCAGUCCCCAUGCAGUAGAUGCGAUAUUUUACACAGCGAGUAACAAUUUUUUAUGCACUGUCUCAAUACCAUUUGUAGGUAUGUAGAAAAAAAUGUUCGCUGCCAUGAAAGCUACAGACGGUACAAUUCUACGAUGCCUGAAUAUUUGCGGAAUCGGCCAAGAAAUUUUAUUAAGCAUUGUAUGUCAAAUAUAACAGAGGCGGAAGAAAUUCCUGCUUCGUCAGUUGUUUGUGUCAACCAAGACAUGGGAGUUUUCACAGUACAAGGGAGCAAAAGCACGUGUCAGUAUACGGUUAAUUUUGGGCCCACGAUUGGAGUUACGCCAAGUUGCGAAUGUCUGUCUUGGAUGAAGUCAAGAUUGCUGUGCAAGCACUUCUUUGCCGUUUUCAGACAUUUCCCCAACUGGGGAUUUGACAAGCUGUCACGUGCCUAUACAAAACAACCACAUAUAACCCUAGACGAGGAGGUUAUAUCAAUUUCUACUGGUAACAAUAGAACAACUAACGACGGUUCACCAUCACCUAUGGAAGAUUAUGGCAAUUCCAUACCUACAUCCAAGUGCACCGAUCAAGAAGAUAUCGAUUCAACUUCUACUCAAACAGCACCCGCACAGAACCCAACGCAAAGUCUGCGAUCAACAGAAUUACAUCACAUCCGUUUAAAUGCCAUCGCACGGCAAUGUAGAGAAACUUUGCAUUGUGCAAAAAACUUGACAUAUCUCAUUCAAGAUCCAGAGAUUCUUCAAGAGUUCAGCACAUCUUUGACAGAGGUGGUAUCAGCCAUUAAAGUAAAAAUUCCAGCUGAUGGUGGACUACUCCUUGAAAAACAGCAAAGUACCUUCAAGAAAAAAAGGUUGGCUAAGCUAAGUUUGAAAAAGAAAAGGGACAACAACUCCACUCACCUUCCCAACCUACCCAAACAACAAAAAAGGACCCACCCUUAUUCUAGUCGUGUAGGAUCAAAAGCAGAAAUGAUGAAAAAAAUGUACCAGGUAAUGUGUUGCACUGCAUGGUUGGUAUAAAAAGAUAUAACGAGGAGCAGUAUAAAAUAUAUUUGCAUACGUUUUGGUAUUAUGUGUAGAACUACAAGUACUAGAGCAUUUUUUAGAGAUUUCAGUCGAGGUUUUCGUUACUUGUCUGUCUCAGUUGAAAUGUUAGAGUUAUGACGCCUGUCACUGAAUUGUCGAAACAUUCAAUAUAUUGCAUCCGCCUGCCUUUUUAGUGCUAUCUCCCCAUUUAAUUCACUUUAUGUUUUAGCCACAAGUUUACAAUUCUAAUCAGUUUUCAAUCAACUUAUGAUACCAAUUAUGACUUAGAAAUAUUCCCUGCUUCUCAUGUGCCCCAUAUUAUAUAAUCAUUUCAUCCCUCUGGCGGGCCGUCUGACCAUGUAAAUGUCUUGCAGUAUAGAUAAUCAAACGAAAUUAAGGCGCUGUUACACUAUGCAACUUGUCUCCCAAUUUUGUUGCAGCAAAAAUGUUGCGAGACUUGAUGAUUGCGAUGUAUGUUACACCUUGCAAUUUUUUGUAAUGUAUAUGUUAACCUUGCAAUUGCGACACAAGUUGCAAGACAAGUUGCAUAGUGUAACAGCGCCUUUAGGUUAUAAUUUUUUAUUAAACUCAAUCAUUCUUUGUUUACUUACAUGCAUGUAGGUAAAUGUAGAAGUAAAAAAGGACGCUGCUAUGGACUCGAAGUCUCCUUUAAAGAGAAAAGAAUAUCCUAGUGUCACAAAGGAGACAAAGUGCAAGAAAAAACGCCCAUCCGAGAGCACCAAGGUAGUUUUUUAUGGACGUUCGUUUUUACAAAAACUAUUUUAAUGUGGUACCAUUUCAGUUAACUGUUCCACUGAAUUAAGGCAAUAAUUCGAAAUGGCGAUGUAAUGUCAGACAAUGUAACUCAUAAACACAGAGUGCUCUUGUGGCCCUUAAUCAAACAUACACACACUGUAUGCGCUUCUAUUUCACUUCAGGCACUUCCAAAAAGCAGCCUUCCUGAAGUAAAUGUAAACCCGAAACUUGUGAAUGAAACGUGAGUAUAAAUAUUGUCAGGAAAUACAACUCACAACAAAAUUAGUAAACUGCAGCCAGGUUGCAAUACUUACCAAAAAAAACUUAAUACACUUACUUUAACUUUCAGAAAACCUUUUGACUGGAUUUUACAAGCCAGAGCGUUACACAACCUUCAAAAGAACAUGCUCAGCUAUGGACCAGCGCAAGUGACAUUAGGAAAUCUCCUCACACUUGUGCCCCCAAAUCGCCUGAAAAAGAGAGAUGUCUAUGAGAUAAAAAAACAACUGCCUAAAUUUGUUCCCGGAUGGUUGAGUGAUAUGGUAUUGUACAGUAUAUUCGAUUUCUGGCAGACAGAAUUUCUAUUGAAAGGGGAAAAUUCACAGCAUUAUUAUGUUUAGUUAGUUAUACGUAUAACAUUCUCAAUACAUACCCUUACAUUACAUACUCAAGCUACUCAAUGUAUUCAUUACAAUUAUUUUGUCUUCUCUGUAAUGUUUCAGGUAAUAGAAGCUGAACUUCAUAGAAUAGAAAAAGCUAAUCCAGAUUGCCUCUCAGCAAAUACAAGUGUUGAACAACUUGCGUUGCGUGAAAUGCAGAACACAAGAAGACUUUGGCAGGAUGUUGAUUUCACAAAAAUCAACAAGGUCAUUGUGCCCAUGAAUCCUUCAAACUGUCACUGGAACCUCUUGGUAAAUAACACUUAAAUAAACAUAAAUUAAAUUUAUAAUUUUGGCACAUUAUCAACCCUGCUAUUUAAAUGUCUAUUGCAGUAUCACCAUCAGGUUUAAUUAUCUAGUUGGGUUUUUCAGUGACAGGCAUUACUUCCUUUUUCCCUUUUAAAUCAUCACUGGACAUUUCCAUGCAACUUGGCCUAAAAUUGCAGUAAUUUGUACAAUUUUAAUACAUUUAGGUGUUAGAUAAGUCAACCAAAACAAGAAAGUUUCUUGAUCCGAUGAAUGGACAGAAAGAAGAAGUUCUCACUGAUGUGCCCAAAUAUGCUUGGCUAAAGCAUUUGAUUGACAAAAUAUGGUUAGUUAUCUAUGUUCACCUAUAAAUAUUGUGUACCGGUACAGUAGUAGUUUAGUACACACAUAUUGCUGUGGUUUUUCUUUUUGAUAUUCCUGCAUCAAUAUCUUUCAAUUUAGCAACCUUGUUGAUAAGAAGACUGGCUGGGACACAGCAACAUGGCCAUGUAUUGAACCACAACACUACUCACAAAAAGAUGGGUAUAACUGUGGGAUAAUGGUUUGUGUGGUAAGGCUUUAAGGCUUUAAUUUGGGUACUUCCUUUUCAUCUUAAUCAUACUUAGGCUAGCUGAGUAAAACUUGUCCAAACUCUGGCUAACAGAAAUCAGUAAAAACUUAGUCGAGUUCCAGUAAAAUGUUGCAUUCUGUAUGGGUGUAUGUUAAUCGCUAGCUAAUAAUCUAAUACUCUAAUUGCAGAUUGAUAGUCACUUUUUAUUUGCAACCUAAACAGGGCUGCAGGAGUAGGCCGGGAGGGCCCGGGUCUGGUCCAAUAAUUUGCUCAGGAUCAAAUGAGAUACUAAUUUCAAACAUUUUGGGGGGCAUGCCCCUGGACUCCACUAGCAGUGCCAUGUCACUACCAGCCCCCCAAUUGACUUUGUCUUGCUACGGUCCUGCUAAAUCAAGUGAUCCUCUGCGAAGUGUCUACCACUAGCAGCUACAAUUGUCUUGUUCAAUCCAAUUACUUCAUAUAUUUAUAGUUUGCUGUCCGACUAAUUGAGGGAAAAGAGCUGAUGAAACCAAUCAACUGCACCCAUGAGAGACAGAUGAUUGCAUCAGAAUUAUUAAAGCAUUCUAAUACUGUUUGCAAUUCUGAGGUGAAGUUAUAACCAUGUACUUCAACCAUGUACUGAUGUACUGCUGCAGUAUGUGUGUAUAUGUGAAAAUAGAGAAAAUAGUAAAGAAACACAUUUUCAUCAUUAUUAACAAAUAAUAUAAACAAUUUCCUUUUUAUAUUUAGGGUUGAAUUCUGAAAUUUAUGAAACAAAGAAAUUUAACAAUAUUAUAAACAACUUCUUUUUUAUAUUUAGAGUUGAAUUCUGAGCAGUUUAUGAAACAAAGAAAUUUAUGAGAGCAGAAAUGCAGUUGAGAUUCUAUCAUGAUGGUAUACUCGAGCUGUAAAUAGUUUUUCUUUUAAUGAAAGUACAGUAUAUAAUAUUGAUAACUAUGAAAUAUGUAAAUAAUGAAAUACUCUAUAAUCAUUGAAGACUUAUAAUUGUACCAUCACUCAUCAUGCAUCCCUCUGGGUACAACCCCAGUACUACAUAACAAGGAAAACAAGGGAUAUACAGUGUAUAUGGCAGUUUUCCUCUAAUUGGGAACUACUAUUUUGUCAUUAUUAACCGAUUCACACACAACUUACUGUGCCCCCAUUCUACUUCAGCAUUUGCUUGCCUGAGCAUUUUAGCCAGUGCAUUUUACUUGUCAAGUGAAAUAUCCUGGACAUUAAUGGGUUAAUGAUUUUUGCAAUUGUCUGUCAAUUGGCAUGCACCCCCCAUGCACCAUAAUUUCACAUUUACUCUGUCUACUAGAUGAUUUUUGCAUCAAGAGAAAGGUUAUUUUAGUGCAUUAUUUCAGUGUCCUGGCAUAGUCUGAGGGUCAGGGGAAGCACUAUGUCAGUUCUACUGCUAUAAAGCAAUUUCUUUAAUUCCAUGUGUGGAAUAAAAUUUGUGGCUUGGCAUGAUCACAUUUUAGUACAUAGAAUGCACCCCUGGCUGAAGAUUAGGUGCAUUGAAAAAUAUAUACAGUACUGCGAAAUUUGAAUACACCAUGCACAAAGUUAAAAAAUUAAAGCCACAUAAAGUGACAAUUAUAGAACUGCUAUUAAAAGAAAUGGGAUAUAUAAAAUAUUCUGUAUAUAAAAAGGCAGAAGAUUUUGUAUACGACUAUUGUCUAUUAAAGUACUGUAUAUCAGGUAAUUUUUAUUCCAUUAAUAUUAGUUGACUUGACUUACCUUGGGUUUCUUCUUGAUUCAGGCUAUAUUUUUAUAUCAUUUCUCAGAUAAAUAAAGUGAUAAAUCUCUAUAACUCAACUCAUGAUAAUAACUCAUUGUCUCUCACGCAUAUGAAUAGAAAAAGCACUAUUUUUAACCGCUGACAAUAAUAGAUUGUCGCGGGCGCAAGGUGACUCACAGUAUGGCCAUUAGUGCUUUCCCUUUAUCGAUGACCAAAGUGCACUGAGGGAAAAAUUUGCCGAAAAUGUAGACCUGCAGGUUGUUCGGAAUGUUUGAGAUUUUUGCAGAAAUGAAUGUGUUGGUUAGAAAUGUGGUUGUGCCAUAAUGUUUCUGGACUCUAGAUAGUUUUUGCUAUUUAAAAUUAUGUGUAAUAGCAGCCCCAUGCCAAUUGAGAAAUCUAACAGCAACACUGCAAAUGACUUAUUUGGUAAUGAAAUAUUGACAGUUGCAUAGAGAUUGAUCGAACUAUGUUUUAUCCAAGUUAACAGUUCUGCAUGGCUGUGAGGAUUGGAUCUCUUCAAUUGGAGCUAUAGCUAGCUAUGCUGGUGACGUGUUGCCCUGGGGUCUGAAGUCUGCCAUCAGUGAUGGAAAUGUCCGACAGGACUGCAUGCUGCCAGAACAUUUUGACAUAAUACUGUAUCUACGCAGGAAAUUUAUGUCAUCCGAUGUAGUGAAAUGCCAUAUAAUUUACUUAUUGUUUAGAAAAAAGCAUUUUGCAAGUUGAGAUUGUACCCUUUGCCUUGAUUAAAGUAAUGUUGGAAAUGUCUGGCAGUGCCAGCAGCAGGGAGCCGGUUGCCAGAGCAUUUUAACACAAUAUCUAGUAUGCAGGAAAAUUUUCUUUUAUUUUACAAGAAAAUUUUGUCAUCUUAUAUAUACUGGUUUACCAUAUAAUCUACUUAUUGUUUAAAAAUUCCCAAGCAUUUUACAAGUUGAGAUUGUCUUGCACCGGGAUUGAGGUCUAUCGCAGUGUGCGGACCAUACUUUUUUAAAUCUACAUGUACAUAUGCGGGAAGUUUAAAUUUGACUUACACAUGCAGGCCUGUCUGCUAUGCUGAGCAAAACCAAUAUUGACAAGAAUAGGUAUUGAAAGAAGCUCAGGACUGAUGAGUGUGUAGCUCUGGGGCAGAUCUUCUCCUGAUGGUUAACCCUAGCCUCAAACUUAAUGCAUGGAAACUUGCAACAUGCAUGUGAGUAAAAAUUUAGCCUUUGCUAGUAAAAAAACUAUUUCACCAGCAGUCGUUUGCGGAUAUGGACUUUAGUUUUAUGUGGGUAAAUGCAUGGCUUAAAUUUGCAGUUUUCAGCCAGGUAUAAAUGCAAUAAGGCCAUAAAUGCAAGAUUGAAUAAUUGAUAUUUAAGAUGGAUAAGGCCCAGGGGUGGACCGCAGGACCAUUCGUCCCAAAAAAUAUUUUAGUUGGCACAAAAUAUUUCCUCAUGAAAGAAAAAAAGAUAAUUGUAAAAUUUGGAAAGAAGGAAAAUUGAGGAAACAUUCUAACCAAUAGAAACCUAACCUGUGCUGUAUUGUAGGUAUAAUUUCAGGAAUGCAAAUACAAGUACAUCCAUUUUAAUAGUGCAGUCAGGGCUGUAUAGCCAGUCCCUUGACGAGUCGCAGCAUCUACUGUAAUUCUCCGGCCUGUCCAGCAUGGUCCCCCAGAAAAUAUUUCUAUGUUAGACUCGUUUUGUGAUAAUCUGAAAGCCACAAUUAUUGUGGGAUAUUUUAUGUCAUAGAUGAAAAAUUAUAUAGGUGUUUACGCCCCUGGUUUCUUCUCAAUUUUGAAAGAAUUACAAAAUUUGUCCUGAAGUAAACAUCCCCAUUCCUCCUGUGGGUAUGCCUCUGAGUACAAUAGUGUAUAAAUGUAUAGACUAUAGAAUGAUGUAACAAAUGUUGUGAUGGCAAAUGCAUUUUUAGCCAGACACCUGAUGGGAAGCAUGCCCGCAGAUCCCCUUAAUGCUGCCCUUUUUUUUGCAUCUAUAAUUUUACCUUAGGAUCAGACUGUCGAUGCAAGUCAUUUAAAGUAGUUUUAUGUUAUUCCUAAAAGUACUUAUAAGAUUUUUUUUCUGUGAACAUAUUCUGGAGUAUGACAUUCAGUUUGACAACUUGUUGGUGUUACACAGUUACACCAUCGAUUUAGUUAAUUUUUUAAAAAUCUUUCAAUGUUCUCUUGCGGUCCCAGAAAGCAAAAUAUUUUUUCCAGUUCUGGUAAGGCCCAUUAUUUUACAACCUUGAAAAUAUGAUAUUCCACCGUCAACCUGGUUUUGAAAGUGGUGUUACUGCAGAGACGACGAUUUCAGAAAGCCACCUUGCAUAUUAUUUUUUUUUAAUAUACACACAAGAAAUGAUUGUACCCCAUGUAACUAUUUCGAGCGGCGAAGACGCGAGCCAUCUGGGGGUGUCCCGGGGCUUCCUCCCCUGGAAAAAUGUAUAAAUGCAUUGCUUGCAAAGCAUGUGUAAAGACAUUUAUGCGAGUAGUAUGAUUUUCGUAGUCGAUUUCGAGUUUUUAGCUCAAACAUUAAGAAAAUGGGCAAAUUUAAGCCAAUAGCUACAAUUUUACCACCUUUAAAGAUCUUUAACUCAAAACCAGCUUGGAAAUUUUGCAGUUUUAAUCCAACAGAGUAAUUUAGUCGGUCCUGCUAAACACCGACCGGGACCGACCAUGACCGACGGGGGCCGACCGGGGCCGACCAUGAAAGCAAAUGAUCAUCUGUGAUUGUAAUUACCCCCUGGAAACUUUGUAUUAACUUUAUACUGUUACGUUUUUAACGGUAGACGAUCUUGUCAAGCGAGAAAGAUUGUCUGUCUUCAGCCACAACUAGUGACAUGUCUUACCGUUACUUACGCUUGGCAUGAAAUGAAACUGCACAUUGUCGUACUAGCGGUAUAGGUUUCAUAAGACACAGACAUACUUUUAUUUUUCGGUAGAAAUAUUCCAUGCACCUUGUCCUUGUGCGAAAAGAGUUUGCUUGUUUACAUGUAACUAUCACACAUACAUCAAUUCAAGUAUUGACUAUUGUACUUUAAACUGAAAAGUGAAAGCUUGCAAUGAAACUGGCUUUUUUCAGUUUUUUUGUUUCCAGACUGGACCUUUAUUUUACAUGUUUAUAAGUAUAACGUAUUAACGGCGAAAACCGUUUCAUAUAUGCGCCGGAAACGUUUAGUUCUAGUAUACAUUUUAUUCAAGAAUUGCCAUGACAUGCCAAGAAUUGUCGUGUGUAUGCACAUGCAAUACUUAUACUAAAUAUUGAUUCAUCUUAUUUUAGAAUACCAGCAAAUUGACCAUUCCCAGCGAUGUUGAUGAGGAGCUACAUGAUAGAUCGACCGAUGAAAUGAAUGGCAAAGAUUCCACAUACACGUCCACUCAAAGUCCUUAUACAGAUGCUCACCUAAAGGUAAAUUCCCCAGUACGUUUCCCGUACUCAAUUGCAAGCAUGAGACUAACGAACGUAACUUUUUCCCAGGAUACGCCUAAGGCACAAGCUGCGUCACGUGGUGAACGAAAACGUGAUGAUGCCGAACUUGGAGAAGCGACCAUGACCAAUAAUUCGUGCAGUUGGCUUUCUCAAAACAAUGAUACAGACCUCGCUCAGGUAUAA